AUGGCACCCUUAAACUCCAGCAAUGCCUUGUCCUCUACAUUCUAUCUCACAGGUAUCCCAGGCUAUGAGGAAUAUCACCACUGGAUUUCCAUCCCACUCUGUUUCCUAUGCUGUGUUGGAAUCAUGGGCAACUGCACCAUCCUGCAUAUUGUCCGGACAGAUUCCAGACUCCACGAGCCCAUGUACUACUUCCUGGCCAUGCUUUCCCUCACAGACAUGUGCAUGUCCACGCCCACAAUGAUCACACUCUUCAGGGUGUUAUGGUCCAUUUCCAGGGAGAUCAAUUUCAGCGCCUGUGUGGUCCAAAUGUUUUUAAUUCAUGCCUUCUCCUUCACUGAGUCAUCGGUGCUCGUGGCCAUGGCUGUUGACAGGUAUGUGGCCAUCUGCCACCCUCUAAGAUAUGCUACCAUUCUCACUCCAAGACUUAUCAUUAAAAUUGGAAUUGUAGCCGUGCUUAGGAGUUCCUGUCCCCUCAUUCCACUUCUGAUCCGGCUGGCCUUCAUUCCUUUCUGUCGCUCCCACCUCCUUUCUCAUUCUUACUGUCUGCACCAGGACAUUAUUCGCCUUGCCUGUGCUGACAUCAAAUUUAAUGUAAUAUAUGGGUUGACUGUGGUCAUUAUGCUGUGGGGUGUGGAUGCUCUGGGCAUUUUUGUGUCUUAUGUGUUCAUCCUUCAUUCAGUGUUAAAAAUGUCCUCCCGUGAAGGAAGGUUUAAGGCCCUCAGCACAUGUGCAUCCCACAUCUGUGCUGUACUCAUUCUGUAUGUGCCCAUGAUUGGACUAUCCAUUAUCCACCGUUUUGCCAAGCACUCGACCCCUCUCAUCCACAUCUUCAUGGCUAAUAUCUACUUAUUAGUCCCACCUGUACUCAACCCAAUUAUCUACAGUGUGAAGACCAAGCAGAUCCGUCAAGGAAUCCUCAACCUGUUCCUCCCCCAAAAAAUCAGUUCUAGCUUGACUUAG